AUGUACACCGGCCGAGUGAACGAAUUGUGCGAAAAGGCGAAGAUCCAUGAGCUGGACAGCGAUGGAAUCAAGUGCCUGCUGUGGAUAUUUGGCUUGAAGAGCCAGAAAGAAGCCGAAAUCAGACAGCGACUCAUUGCCGUUCUGGAUAGGGAAUACAAGGCUGGACGAAAGCUUUCGCUGCAGGAAUUGCACUUGGAAUGCGAAAAUUUUCUGAGCCUCAAGAAAGAUAGCGAGACUAUAGCUGGAUGCACAAAAAUAGUCGAAGCAACGCGCAAGGAAGAACCCACGAAGCUGGAAUGCUGGAACUGUGGUAAAGCUCACUUUGCUAGGGAAUGCAAAGCGAAGCUAUGGUUUUGCAAGAAGUGCAAGGCUACAGGUCACAAGGAGAAGUAUUGCGAACAGGUGGCGAAGAGAAAAGAACUUGUUCAGCAAGAACGAAGAAUCCACAGAAGCAGCGACAUUAGUAGGAACAGAAGUUGGACGAAACCAAAACGUCAUGUGCACAGCGUAGCGAAGAUUGCAAAUGCGGUGGUGGAUGUCAACUCGACACGCAUGUAUAUCGAAGCAAAAGUGAAUAGUUAUCCAGUCAGCUUCCUGUUAGAUACUGGAUCGGACAUCACAUUGUUGAACGAAUCAAUCUGGAGAAGCAUGGGCGCUCCUCGGCUAGAGAACACGAACGUGGUCGUCAAGAAUGCCAGUGGAGGCUACAUGAAGGUUCAUGGAAAGCUAUGGUGCGACUACGAGAUCAAAGGUUCUAGGAGCGAAGGCUACGCAUAUGUGACGCCCCACAACUCAUUGCUAGGACUGGAAUGGAUCCAGAAAAACGAAGAAAUGUCGUACCACUUGAGCAGGAUGGCUGCUGAAGUGAAGUUGGGACAACACGAUGCUAUCGCUCAGAAGCUGAAAGAAGCUUACCCGGAAGUCUGCAAAGAAGGUUUGGGAUUAUGCACGAAGGAAAAGGCACACUUGAAAGUUGACGAAAGCGUUAGUCCUGUUUUCAAGGCUAGUAGACCUGUCCCCCAUUCCGCACUCGAAGCCGUCGAAAAGGAGCUUGACAGGCUAUUGGACCUGAAGGUUAUAAGUCCGGUGACACAUAGCGAAUGGGCAGCUCCCAUCGUAUGUGUUAGGAAAGCAAAUGGAAAAUUGAGAGUGUGUGCUGACUUCUCGACUGGACUCAACAAAGCGCUGGAGUCGUAUGAUUACCAAUUGCCAUUGCCGGAGGAUAUAUUCGCAUCCCUCAAUGGAGGCACGGUGUUUUCGCAGUUAGAUCUGUCGGACGCCUAUCUGCAAAUCGAGUUGUCAGAAGAAGCGAAGAAACUGGUAGUGAUAAAUACGCAUAAAGGAUUGUACCAGUACAAUAGACUGCCUUUUGGGAUAAAGACAGCACCAGGGAUCUUCCAGCAGAUCAUGAACAAGAUGGUGAGCGGAUUGCGAGGGGUAGCAACCUACCUGGACGAUAUACUGGUGUGUGGACGAACCGAAGAAGAACACAUGGAAAAUCUGCUAGCUGUUUUUGCAAGGAUAGCCGAUUAUGGAUUCAGGAUUCGCUUAGAGAAGUGUUCUUUUGGCAAGCCAGAAAUACAAUAUCUUGGCUUCAUAGUAAAUCGAAAUGGACGAAGGCCGAAUCUAGAGAAGAUCGAAGCGAUCAAGAAGAUGGAAGAGCCGAAAAGUGUUAGUCAACUAAGGGCUUUUCUUGGCAUGAUAACGUACUAUGCGGCGUUCAUGCCGAAGAUAAAGGAUCUUCGUGGGCCAUUGGACGCGAUGCUCAAGAAAGAUGCGAAGUGGGAAUGGACACGAACACAUCAAGAAGCGUUCGAAAAGCUCAAGAAGACUUUGUCGAGUGAGCUAAACCUUGCUCACUAUGAUCCAAGGCAGAAGAUAGUCGUGGCAGCGGACGCUAGUGACUAUGGUAUCGGUUGUGUGAUAUCGCAUAAGUAUGCCGAUGGAUCCGAAAAGCCAAUCGCACAUGCAUCGAGAUCUCUCACGAAAGCAGAGAAGAACUAUUCGCAGAUCGAAAAGGAAGCAUUGGGAAUUGUCUUUGCUGUCAAGAAAUUCCACAAGUACAUAUUCGGACGAAAGUUUCUAUUGUUGACGGACCAUCAACCUUUGCUAGCCAUCUUCGACUACGAAGUUUGGACAAGCAGAUGGCUUGUCACGGUUGAUGGUGAAGAGUCAGAAUAA